AUGGUGCGACGGUCGCACGGCGACGCGUACGCGCUGCUGGGGGUGCCGCACGACGCGUCGCUGGCGCAAGUGAAGGCCGCGUACCGCCGCCUGGCGCUCAAACUCCAUCCAGAUGUGAACACUUCGGGGGAUGCUGACGCCUUUCGGAGAAUCACAGAAGCCUACAACUACCUCCUCCACACUCCCCCGCACCACCACACUCACUCCCACUACGCUCAUGCACGCUCCCACCGCAACUUCCGCCACGGGCCUUUCUCCUCCUCCUUCACCUCAUCGAAUCCGGUCGCGACACCUGGCAGCAGGCGAUUGCCUGCGUUGAUUUGCGGCAUCGGGCUGGCUAUGGGCUGCCUCCUGUUCCCUGCCGUGCUUAUAAUGAGUAAAAUGGAUAACUUCAACCGAUUCUAUCACUAUCCCAGUAGCGAGGAUGGAGAGAAUAGCAGGAGGGGGGAUGAAGAGCAUGAGGAUGGGGAAAGCAGUAGCGGCGGAGACAGCAGCAGCAGCAGAAGCAGUGGUGAUGGUGGGAGUGGAAGCAGAAGUGGAAUACUGGAUGGGCUUGGAUUUGGCAGGGGACCAAUCGGGCAAGCAGUCGGCCAUGCCUUAACAAGCAACACUAGCAGAACAGCUGGGAAUGAGGAGGAGGGAAGUCAAAGACAGAGUGGUAACGAUGGCAGUGCUGGGAGCAGUGGCAGUGGUGACAGUGGUAGCAGGAGAAGCAGUAGCAGCUGGUGGAGCAGCAUGGGGGGUGGUAACAGAGGAGGGCCGAGGGGGCCAAGCCGAGUGGUGGAGCCAACUGCUGAUGAGGAGAAGCGGCAGAGGAUUGCGAGAAUACUGCUGGAGCGAGCUCGGAAGGCGCAGGAGGAUGGGGCAGGGGAGGAGGUGCGCUGA